GGGAAACAGUCAUGGCGGCGGCGGAAAAACCCACGAAAGAAAAGCUGUUGUCCACUUUGGAUGAUAUUGAAGUUUUAUCUAGAGAGCUUAUAGAGAUGCUGGCGCUGUCCAGGACACAGAAGCUGCCCCAGCCGGGAGAGGACACGCAGAUUUUGGAGCUGUUGGUGCAGAGAGAUAAAGAGUUCCAGGAGUUAAUGCAGACGGCUGUGGUGCAGGGCAGAGUGAAUCAGGAGAUGCAAACGUUGGAGAAGGAGGUGGAGAAGAGAGACACUGAUAUCCAGCAGCUCCAGAAACAACUCAAAGAGGCAGAACACAUACUGGCCACUGCUGUCUACCAAGCCAAAGAGAAACUCAAGUCUAUUGAAAAAGCCAGGAAAGGGAGUAUCUCUUCAGAAGAAAUCAUUAAAUAUGCUCACAGGAUCAGUGCCAGUAAUGCAGUGUGUGCACCUCUAAACUGGAUCCCAGGUGACCCACGCAGGCCGUACCCCACUGACCUGGAGAUGCGUAGUGGAAUGCUCGGUCACAUGAGUAACAUGUCAACCAAUGGUGUGAAUGGACACCUGCCUGGAGACGCACUGGCUGCUGGGAGAUUACCAGAUGUGCUAACCCCACAGUAUCCUUGGCCGUCCACUGAUGUUUCCAUGGGGAUUCUGCCUCCUCACCAUGGCAACGAUUUUGGCCUAGAGCCACCCGGUCAUAACAAAGAAAAUGAAGAUGAUGUUGAGGCUAUGUCAACAGAUUCCUCCAGCAGCAGCAGUGACUCAGAUUGAGCGUGUGCGUGUGCGUGUAUGUGUGUUUAAAUGCAUUUUGUCUGAUCAGAAGGAAAGGAAACUCCGGUCAUGAGAAUGGACCACACCAGCAGUGAUUCUCUCUCUAUUUACGAGUCUCUGUGAAUUUCAUUGGGGUUGAAAUGUUUAUGACAUGCCUUCAGUCCUCCUUUGUUGUAUCAUUUUUAAGUCCUGCUGGCCUCAUGAAUGCCAUCAAGGUGUUGUGUGUUGUGUGGCAUGUAACAGUAUGACAGACUGAGUUGCGUGUAUUUGUAAUUUAGUGGUGCGUUAUGAACCAAAUAUCUGGUUUUUACAGCUGGAAUAUAAAUAGUCAUGUAAAUAGAUCUCGACUUUCAGAUUUUGUAAAUAAAAACCUUUUU